AUGCGCAGCCUGCAGAUGAGGUGGCGGAGGGAUCUGCUGCCAGUAAGGAAAACUGAGUAUGCCACCAAAACAGCUCCCGCAGAGAAGGGUGGCGAGAAGAAGAAGGGCCGUUCCGCCAUCACCGAGGAGGUGACCCGAGAGUACACCAUCAGCAUUCACAAGCACAGCCGUGGAGUGGGCUUCAAGAACCGUGCUCCUUGGGCGCUCAAAGAAAUUUGGAAAUUUGCCAUGAAGGAGAUGGGGACUCCAGAUGUGCGCACAGAUACCAGGCUCAACAAAGCUGUCUGGGCCAAAGGAAUGAGGAACGUUCCAUAUCGCGUCCGAGUACGCUUGUCCAGAAAGCGUAAUGAAGAUGAGGACUCCCCCAACAAGCUCUACACACUGGUAACCUACGUGCCUGUUACCACAUUCAAGAAUCUACAGACGGUCAAUGUGGACGAGAACUAACCUGCUGAGUGUCAAAUAAAGUUAAGAACUGCCAAAAA